AUGCCCGUAACACAACCGCAACAACCGCAGCAACCGCAACAACCGCAACAACAGCAACAACAGCAACAACAGCGAAAACCACAACAACCGCAAGGACAGAGAAUGCCCCCUCCAGCGGUCCCACAAACAGUUCCCCAAGCAGCGCCACAGGCAGCUCCUCAGGCCCCCCCACCCGCACCCCCCCAACAAGCCCCACCUCGUGGAUGGAAGGCAGGCACCUGGGCCGCCGUGGCCUCGGCACCCGGUCCUGCCCAAGGAAACUUCCAGGUCAUCGAGAGGAAAAAGAAUUCCGCAAAGCCAAAAGCGGACCCCCUCUUCAAACCAGAGUACACAAAAAUCAACAGGGAGAUCAUUGUUGAAACUACUGCCCCAUCCGACGUUAACCCCUCCGAGAUCAGGACCCUCGUUAAAGCAAGAAUUCAGGACGAGUCCUGCCAUUUCAUCUCGGCAAGAAGAACGCCCAAGGACAACUUCAUCCUGGAAACAAAAUUCGUCACCCCUGCAACAAAGGCAAUGGAAUAUGCCAAAGAAAUUGAGGAGGCCCUCCUCACCCUACAGGUACCGGUCGCUGUCAUCCGCGCAAACUCAAAAUGGUCAAAGUUUCUCCUCCAUGGAAUCCCUACAACGGUCGGGGAGGGCAUUGAGGCGGGACAAUUGGUAGCAUCCGAAAUCAGAAGCAACUAUGGAGAGAACUUCCAACUUGCCCAGGUUCCCCGCUGGAUCUCCAGGGCAGAAACUCGAAUGGAAAAAACCCACUCAUCAAUGGUCAUCGCGCUCCCAGGACAAAUUACAAUGGAAACACUAGGAGUUAAAUUUCUAUCUCUCUUCAACCGAAGCUGCCACAUCGAGGCCUUCCUCCCGACCUUCCCAGACACCCAGUGUGCGAAGUGCCUCGAAUACGGCCACCGCCAGGAGAAAUGCAAAAACAAUGGAAGAUGCGGUCACUGUGCCGGAGAUCAUCUCACCAGCUUCCACCCAUGCAAUCAAUGCCAGGGAGGAUAUAGAUGCACCCACACCCCAAUCAGAUGUCUGAACUGUAAAGGAAUCCAUAAGGCCUCCGACCCAGCAUGCCCCGAAAGAGUUAAACGCCGAUUCCUCAAUAAAGGAAAGGAAAACGCCCCACCCGCUCAAGACCCACCGGCCGCACCCGUCCAAGAGUUGCUUCCAAUAGUCCAAGUACCAGCCACCGCCCUAGUUGGAGCCACACCCGUUCCCGAAGACGACCAACCCAUGACAAAUAAUGCUUAG